AUGACCAAACGCACGUCAGAGUCGGACGCUUUUCUACCCUCUGGUGCCAUCGACAUCCCAACCAACGACGCCUCAAUAGGCGGAGCAGCGUCCCAUUCCGCUUUUGAUGCCUCACAGCCAACCUCAACCAUGAGUCCCUCCGGCGACGCCUUCUCCAACCACUGCAACGGCCAAUCAGUUUCCUCGCCGAGUCGACAUGCCGCCAUACAGAGCCCUCCCGUUUUAAACCCUCCCAGUGCCAACCGUUCACACUUCAACUUUCCUUUGGCUGGCACGCACCUGGAUACGCCGUCACCGUUGAAUUUGUCCAACUCGACAUCACCUGUUGCCGCCGCCGGCACCGCCCACUCUUCCAAAGGCAGAGUACGUGGUUACUUUCAUCCCAACUCUUCUUCGCUUUCACCACCUGCCGCCUGGGACUUUGGAGGCGCCUCUCUGGCAAGGUCCGUGUCUGCCGAUGCAGCAAUUCCUCCCCAGACGCCAUCGCGGCUCUAUACCGGACUGGCUGGCCAUUCAUCAUUGGUCGAGAACUGGAGACUCGAGCGUGGCAACCUCGAGGCCCUCAGACGAAAAGCCGAAAGGCUGUACCGCGACCAGCAAUCAGUCAUUGACGAAAUGAGUGAGGAAUGGUUGAAUGAGCGGAAAGAAAUGUCGCAUCUUAUACAAGGGCUCAGAGAACGCAUCCAACGUUUGGAAGGGGAAAACACCGUCCUCAAGAAAAUUGCCUCGUAUACCACACAUAUCCCCGGUCUAAUAUCACCUCACAACAGUGUCCAAAGCGGCAGUGGGGAGGCAUUUGUCAGUCACUCGCCCUCGCUCGCUUCAAACAAAUCUCCGCCACCUCGACUCUCUGGACGGAGUGCCGGCGAAGCAUUGGCAUCCUUCGAUCUGCCUCCUGGAUUAGAUGGUGCCUCUCGGCGCCCUCAUCAGUUUGCCAAGCAGGGGGGUAGUCCUUGUACCUCCCCUACUGCGGCUCCUGCACAUGCCACUCAUAUACCCAUAAGUCCUCGAAUAGUGCCUCGGAAGUCUAUCGCCACCGAUUUCCUCUCCAUUUCAUCACCAGAACCCAAUAAGGGUGUUCCCAUCAUUGACAUCCAGGAAAUAGACCCUAAAUUGGAGGGUAUUCCGAUCAGAGCUACCGCGGUCAAAAAAUCAACCUUCCAUGCAGCAUCAAACCGGCCUAGCAACAUUCCAAGAUCACUUUAUGCCCCCGAACCAGCGACAGGCACUCGCAAGGACAACCAUCUUAAACAAAAGACUGGGAAUUCCAUACGGGAAAGGCUCCGACUCGAUCGGCUUCGAUGCGGUCUCACUCCUCUCGCUUCCUCAAAAGAUCAAACAAAGCAAAUACUGGCUACCGAUGAAUCUCGACGCCUAACGAUGCAUGCUGGGCAUACACCAAACCAUUCGCUGUCUCUAUUCCCCACCAUGACCGCUACUGAGAGCAGCUCGGCUGCUGCCAGAAGUCAGGAGACUACGCCAACUGCAGGGGCAUCUUCUGGAUUUGCUGAUCACCAUGAAGACACAGAUCUCAGCGAUGAUUCUGAUGGCAAACUUCGGCAUGGCGAAGAGGAUAAUGGCGAAGGCAAUCAGGAUGGUGACAGGAAUGAUGAUGAUAUCGAAGGCUACUUGGAGCCCUCUGACGAUGUCGCUCUCAAGGGCCCGCUCAUGGUAAAGAAUAUACCAGCCCAGGACGAGAUAUUUUGGGCACAGGUCAAUCAGAGGCUAGAUCCCAUCAGUCGAGGUCAGGACGCAUUGCCCAGAGUCCUUCAAUCUCCAGAGCUUGAGGCUGUCCAGAAUCUGCUGCCUACUGCGCUCCAGCCACCACCAGAGGAGGGUGGAAAACAAGAAGCCGGUGCCGACCUGGAAAGCGACGAGGAGGGAGAAGACGGAAAAGCUAGUGUUGAACCAGACGUUCCUCUCAGGUUCAAGAAUACUUUCAACUUUGGGGCUCCCUUUGGCUCCACAUGA